GAAUGUGAAACGUCAGUAAGUCAGAUGUCGCGCAAGUGGUUGCUAUGACAACUGUUGCCUAACCCAACUUGAUCGUCGACAAAAUUCUUGGCGCGAGUGACGUGACAGCUUGAAGAAUGAAAUGUAUUACUCCUGAAAUUUCGUGGCAUAAUCGCGACCCAGUUCUGAGUGUCGAUAUACAGAGCGGUUUAUACGAAGAUCUGAAAGGAGGUACAUUUUGGAGAGUGGCGACUGGAGGAGCAGACUGCCAUGUUUUGAUUUGGCAUUUAACAACAACCAAAUGUGGAGGAGCUACUGUGAGUUUUGCAGCAGACUUGGAUCGUCAUCAGAGAGCAGUAAAUGUUGUGAGAUUUUCUUCGUCGAGAGAAAUUCUAGCAUCAGGAGAUGAUGAAUCGAUUAUUAUUUUGUGGAAAGUCAAAGAGGGACGAGAUUUCUCUCCACCUUCAGGCGAUACUGAAAAUAAAGAACAGUGGACUUCCUGGAAAGUACUGAAAGGUCACAUCGAAGACAUUUAUGAUAUUAGUUGGUCGCCGGACUCCAAUUUUUUAAUCUCUGGAUCUGUUGAUAAUACCGCUAUACUAUGGGAUAUCCAGAAAGGUCGUAAAAUUGCUAUAUUACAGGAUCACAAAGGUUUUGUUCAAGGAGUAUCUUGGGAUCCUUGCAAUCAAUAUGUAUGCACUAUCAGCACAGACAGAUACUGUCGUUUAAUAAACAUUGCCACGAAAAAAGUUGUUCAGCGCGUUUAUAAGUCUAAAAUUCCAACACCAUCCGGUAGCUCGUUGCAAGGGAAACUCGUGCGUCUAUUUUAUGACGACACUUUCAAAUCUUUCUUCCGCAGGCUGACCUUCUCGAUAGAUGGAUCCUUAAUUUUUGUUCCAUCUGGAAUAAUCGAGUUGCAGGAGACCACAGAGACUAUAUCAAAUGCAGUAAUUGUUUUCUCUAGAAAAGAUAUAAGGGAACCAAUAAUGAUCUUACCUACUUUAAAUGAAUGUACUAUAGCAGUACGAUGUUGCCCUGUCUAUUUUAAAUUGCGACAGGAUAAUCCAGAUGCUUUGGUAUCGUUGCCUUAUAGAAUGGUAUUCGCUGUCGCGACGCAGAGUUCUAUAUUACUCUACGAUACGCAGCAGACUUCUCCGAUCGGUGUGGUAUCGCUCAUUCAUUAUGGUAGAUUAAAUGAUCUUUCGUGGUACGUCAUUGUCAAUAUGGUAUAUUUGUUAUUCAAAUUAUUUCCGAGUCUUAGCGUCUUUUUUUAUAGGUCUAGCGAUGGCAAAAUUUUAAUCACGUCUUCGAGCGAUGGCUACUGUUCCAUAAUACAUUUUGAAGAAGGUGAACUAGGAGAAAUUUAUAAGAUGAAAGAAAAUUCUUUACAAGAGAGUACAAUAAUAAAGGAAGCAUCCAAAAAUUCUAGUAAAAAAUCUUUGCACAAUACAAUCAAAGACAAAAACAAUUUUCCAACAUUCGAUGUGGAUGAUUGUGCGAUGGACGUUGAACUUAUAAAAAGCAACACACUCAACACAGUAAAGAAUAAUCGAUCUGAAGAACUUCAUGGACAGAAACCGCACGAAAUUAUCAGUAGCAAAAAUAUUACAUCAGAAAAUAAUUUAGAAAUAGACAAAAAAUUGAAUGAAGAAGAAACAGAAGAUAUCAAAUUGGUGUAUAAUGAAGAAAAUAGUAGCGAUGUGACCAAAAUCAAAACUAGAAAUACUCCGCCAAAGUCUGAUGCUCCUAUUAUAUGUCAUAAAACUCCUAGAAGAGUAAAAUUAAUAACUUUGUCGAGCCCAAAAAGAUUCAAGAAACAAUAGCUUGUAAAACAUAGAUUUUUAAGAUUUAUUACGUAACUUUUAACCGAAUGUUAUACCGAAUGUUUAAAAUAAAGCGUCACAAACUUUUAUCUCGGAAACACAUUAUUGAGAAAAAUUGUUCAGAAACACAAAAGUUGUAGGGUUCAAAAAGAUCUAUUUACUAAUCUUAUCAAUUUGACUUUGGGUGAUGUCGCCAAGGUCAGGUCAAGGUCAUGUCGAUUUUUUUAAAUGAUACAUCCUACUUUUUUUCAUUGUCAAGAAUAUUAACGUGAAGCUAUUUUUUUCAGCUUAAAUAAACUCGAUUUAUUAAAGUACAGAAGGACAUUCUCCCAAAAUUUUCCAAUAAAAAUAUGGUUUACAAGAUUGCAAUCCAUCAUAUGUUGGGCAAACAGGUCGAAAAUUAAUCACUAGAAUAUCUGAGCAUCGAAACCACAUUAACAGUAGUAAUAAAAAUCAAUCAGUUAUCACAGAACAUCGACUUGGUUUUAACCAUGAAUUCGAUUUUGAGAAUAUCCAAAUUCUUUAUAUGGAGAGUAGGGUUUCAAGAUUGAUUCGGAUUUAAAGCUAUCCGGAUAUUCGUUUAUCCGAAUUACGAAAUGUGAUGCUUUAAAUUCGGAUUAUUCGGAGCUUCGAAUUUUCUAAAAUAUCCGAAUUCGAAUAAUAAAAGUCGAACCCAGAUCCGAUUCUCAGAUUCGGUUCCGGAUUUGUAGCAAAUUUAUAGUGAAUUCGGUUGGAUGCAUUAGUGCAGACUGACUGUAUACUAAAGUCAUUGUAUUAUACACUUAUUUAAAAGUAUAUUAGAAAUACAAAUAUUUCUAAUAUA